GCUAUAAGCUUUGUACAUUUAACCACUGGAGCCUGUGAUAUGAAAGAAGGAAUUGGCAGGAGUGAACGUUGGUAUUGUAUAUUGCAGGAUACAGACAGGGCACGUACAGUGAUCACAGAGUAAUAACAGAGGUUAGCAAUCACAAAGAACUGUGUUCGGGCACAUGAUAUUCACUCCAAAGAGAUGGCUGACUCAGAGCAAGUGCAGUGUCAAUUUUGUAAAGGAACGUACAAAAAGAGAGGUCUGGCAAAUCAUCAACGAUCCUGCAAACAAAAACCGCAGGACGUAAAACCUGGUCAGAGCAGCGGGUUGUCACCAGGUAAAGUUUCUCCUGCAGAAAAAAGUGAUAAAAAACAAUCAGAAACAGUGCAAUGUGAAUAUUGCGGUAGAGCAUUCAAGAAAGGGGGUCUGGCGACACAUCAACGGUCUUGUGAACAAAAGCCACAGAUUUCAAAACAGCACCGCAAAAGUAGCGAUUUGCAAGCAAGCAAUAUUCUUCCUGUAGCAACCCCUGAACAAAAACAAGAACAAUCAAACACCCGGCAGUGCCAAUAUUGCGGUGGAACAUAUACGAGAAAAGGACUUGCGACGCACCAACGAGCAUGUAAACAAAAGCAUGUGGACCACGGGGAAAAUAGUGAAACUUUAACCGGCGGCAGUGUUUUCUCUGAAACAGUGACUGACCCGGUGCAAGCAUAUAAUACACUUGCAACCUCUGAACAAGAACAAGAACAAUCAAACACCCGGCAGUGCCAAUAUUGCAGUGGCACAUAUACGAGAAAAGGACUUGCGACGCACCAACGAGCAUGUAAACAAAAGCAUGGGGAAGACAGUGAAACUUCAACCGGCGGCAGUGUUUUCUCUGAAACAGUGACUGGCCCGGUGCAAGCAUAUAAUACACUUGCAACCUCUGAACAAGAACAAGAACAAUCAAACACCCGGCAGUGCCAAUAUUGCAGUGGCACAUAUACGAGAAAAGGACUUGCGACGCACCAACGAGCAUGUAAACAAAAGCAUGUGGACCACGGGGAAGACAGUGAAACUUUAACCGGCGGCAGUGUUUUUUCUGAAACACCUGGUGGUCAUCGUUGCUAUGAGGGACAGAAAAGUGGACUAGGAUUAGGUAGCAGAAAGUCCAUGUCACAGAUCGUCAAAAACAAUAACCCAGGAAGCUCGUCGUCAAUUCCGUCUGAGAUCGGCUCAGGUGCACUAAAUACGGACUUGCCUCCAAUACGCUUUUUGUCUCCGAAAGAUCGGACUUUUCUUAACAAAGAGAUCAAAAGCCCAAACAUAUGGCCUGUUAUUGCCGCUGACAUUAGAUGGGAUGGAAGCGCUGAAAGAAAGCGGGAGCCGUGUGACGUGGUCUUAUCUGCAGUGGGUGAAUCCUUUCUGGAAAUGCUGAAAUUAUUUAGAAGGGUCGAGGCCAGAGCGCAUGUUGACAUGAAAAAAAGUUUGGAGAUUAUUUCUGUAAGUAUGAGCAAUAUGGAUGUGUUUGCAGUAUGUAUAUAAACCUUGUCAUUGUGUCCGUGAACAUGCAAUUGUGCCAGUUGUGAGCGU